AAAAUAUUGCAUUAAAUGACAGCAACAUCUACGUAAACAACCCAAUAUUCAAUGCUUUACAGUUCAUCGACCCAACCCCCUAAACAACUUUCACUCAAUAUAUAUAGCCACACGCGACACACACAUCUCAGUUGCAGUUUACCGUCUCUUAAUAUCGGACACACAACACAUCAAUUACAACCCGGUACUGCAGAUAAAGCUGAAGAAGUAACAACAUUCGGGAAAUAGGCAAGAUGAUUCAAUGUUGUGUAUGGAAUUUGGGAAAGAAAGCGGCCCAACGUCAGUUUGGAACAUGGUAUCAGAUGAGCAAAGAUGUAGUAACAAGAAUGGCUCCAGACUUUAUGGAAAUGUCAAUGAAAGCUAUAUCUUCAUUUUUUACAUCAUCCAAGAAUAACUAUGCAACAGAAGCCACAUUUGAAACAAAGCCUUUUCGCCUGCAUCGGCUGGAGACAGGGCCUUCAAACACAGUUACGUUGACUCGUGAUGAUGCUGUGACACUAUAUGAAAAGAUGCACACUAUUAGAAGGAUGGAAACUGCAGCUGGCAAUAUGUAUAAGGAAAAAAUUAUCCGUGGUUUCUGUCACUUGUACUCCGGACAGGAAGCUUGUGCUGUUGGAAUAAAGGCCGCCCUUCGACCUCAAGACUCUGUAAUCACUGCCUAUCGAGCACAUGGUUGGACCUACAUGAUGGGUGUUUCAAAGUUGGGAGUGCUAGGUGAACUGACAGGGCAUCAGUCUGGUUGUGCUCGUGGUAAAGGUGGUUCCAUGCACAUGUAUGCAAAGAAUUUCUAUGGAGGGAAUGGUAUUGUAGGUGCUCAAGUUCCUUUAGGUGUAGGAAUUGCAUUUGCUUCAAAAUACAGUGGCACAGAUGGAGUUUGUGUAGCUCUGUAUGGUGAUGGGGCUGCAAACCAAGGUCAAGUGUACGAAGUAUACAACAUGGCAAAAUUAUGGGAUGUUCCUUGCAUAUUUGUAUGUGAGAACAAUGGUUAUGGUAUGGGAACCAGUGUCGAGAGGGCUUCUGCAAGUACAGCCUAUUACACCCGAGGCGAUUAUGUACCAGGAAUAUGGGUUGAUGGUAUGGAUGUACUGGCUGUAAGAGAAGCAACUAAGUACUCCAUUGAUUAUUGUACAAGUGGUAAAGGCCCCAUUCUCCUGGAAAUGGCCACUUACCGUUAUAGUGGACAUUCUAUGUCAGAUCCUGGAACAAGUUACAGGACAAGAGAAGAGAUUCAGGAAGUUCGACAGACAAGAGAUCCUGUUACAUCUUUUAAAGAGAAGAUCAUAGCAGCAGAAUUAGCUACUGCUGAAGAAAUUAAGAUAUUGGAGAAUAAAAUCCGCGCUGCAGUGGAUGAGGAUGUGAAGAAGGCAAAGGCUGACAAGGAGAUUGGACUGGAAGAAUUGACAACUGACAUCUAUGCUGAUAACAAGGAAGGAGCCAUCCGAGGAGUGACAGCAUGGGAUAAGUUUGAACACAAGACUCUUGGAAUGGCUGUGAAUGUGUAAAGGGAAACAAAUUAUUAUAUGAAGUAAAAUUAGAUGCUGAUUUAUGUACUGCACUUUUGAAGGUAAUUCAAUGUAAAUAAAAUAUGUACUUGACUGUAUGGUAGUUAUUUCAAGGUAUGGCAGUGUCUUUGUAACAUGCCUUUCUGUCAUAUUUAUUAAUUUCUAAAUAUUGUACAAUAUGUUUUUCCAUAAGUGUGUGUUAAUUAUUAUAUUACUGUAUUAUAACAGAUGUUUUAAUUCAAUGCAAUUUACUAAUAAAGGAGCUUUUAUGUGCUGAUGAAACCAAGUCUUGCAUAAACAAAUUUAUAGUAGGAUUUUAGGUUCUCAUGGCGGUGAGUACAAAGAUGGCUGUCUUCUGGGUUAUAGUCCCAUGCAGUCUGGCACAAGAUUUAGAUAUUACAGAUGUGAAUAUUAAGUGUGUACCAUGAAUAAGUUUGAUUUAAUUACAUUAUCACAUUGAACAAUUAAUCCAUAAGGUAGGUAUGUAUAAAAUAAAAUAAUUUGUAUAAUCACAACUUUUAAGAAAAUUGCAUAUAAAUCUUUGUCCUUUUUAUGCCAGUUUUUCACAUUUAUUUUCAGACUCUUAAGAGAGUUGUAUAUACUAAAGCUACAGAAAUUUAAAAUUUCAUUAGGCUUAGUAAAAUAAUAUAGCCAAUUAAUACACUCUAGAGCCUUAUUUAAAACAUUCAGACCUGCAAUAUGGAACUGUCAAACUGUGUUGAUAAGUACAGUUGUCAAGCUUACUUAUUGAACAGCAAGUUGCUCAGAUGAAACAGACAAUUCUCCUCCAUCAUUUUGUAAGUCAAUGUUUCAAAAUUCAUACAUGUAUUAAUAUAAAUUGAUUAUAAAAUGUUAAAUUCUCUUGUGUAACAAUGAUUCCUACUUCUGAAUUAACAGGCGAUUCAUCUAAACUGGAUGUGCUCCAUCUCACCUUGCACAGCAUGUAAGAGUCAUUCAUAAUAAUACAGGAAUUUCAUUAUUUGCAGCUGUUAAUUUUCAUAUGAAUUUGCCAAAACACCAUGUAGAAAAUAUAGAACUUAAUUGGCCGUGACAUAUCCAUUUAAAAACACUGGAAACUUCAAUCCACUGGCAUGAUUUUGGUAAUGACUAUUGUCCUUACUUCUGAGAGUUUUCUUUAUAGUAUGGUUAUAUAUAACAUGCAUUUCAAUAUUAAACAUAACUAUCAGAGCUUUUGACCAUUCCAUGCAAACCAUGAUGAUACAGAAAUGAAUGGAAUUAAUUUAACUUCAUAUACACAGUUAAGAGAAGAAAACAGAUGAGUAGAGGUGAGUUCUGUGCCUUCCUGUGUAUUUAUAUAUGUAAUAAAAUUUAUAAUGAAUGAAGGAAGAAGGAUACGUUACAAUAGGAAGUAAAAUAAAAUUAACAAUCCAAACACA